CCACCCGGCAAGGGCAAUAGUUCCCCUAUUCUCCUUAAAACGGGAACCUUUUCAGGCUCUGUCUCUAUGUCACCGUCCCAGUCUCUCAUGCAAAUCGCAGGUGAUGAAAGCUUCACUCUUUCCAUUCCGUCGAUGAAACAGACCAAUCCCCAGCUUAUGAAGAGCUGUACAUAAGAAAAAGGAGAGUCCUUUAAGCAAAGCAACUUUGAAUUCUUGAAUUUUGCAGCUCACUGGUUCUACCUGGCUGUUACCGUCUCGGCUGAGUACUUUGAAGAAACAAGUGAAGUUCCACAAUGCUUCAACCGCAAAUUGUACAAUCCCCAGCUAGGCUAGGCCUAUCGAACCCCAAUUCACCUGCUUUUCAAAACCCUACCCCUCCAAAACUCCCUUUACAGCAGCAGCCUUCUUCUUCUGCUUCUGCUUCUUCUUCUUCACAGCAUUCCAAUCUCUCCCCAUCGCUGGUCUCUCUUCUCUCGCCCCUCCCAAGAGCCCAAUCCCUUCUAGUUCAAAUGGCCUCCCUCUCGUCUAAACUCUUUGAAGUGUCACCUAAUCGGUCCCUUUGGCUCAAUGCAUUCCGCGGUUCCUUCCCAACCUUCCUUUCUUCCCAAACCCAAUCUCAGUUUUCAAUCCCGCUUGAGAACUGUCCUUCCUCCACCAAAGAUGUCCUCUCCCAGUUCACAGCUCUUCAAACCCAACUCUUUGAGGCUGUUGCUGAACUCCAAGAAAUCCUUGAUCUUCAGGACGCUAAGCUGAAAAUUGCACAUGAAGUACGGUCCAAGGAUGUCUCACUUCUUACCUUUUCCAAGAAACUCAAGGAUGUUGAGCAGGUGCUUGAUAAUCUUGUUGAUGAUUACUCUGAUUUGUCCCGCCCCAAAAGGGUAAAAUUGGAUGAUGGUUCAGAAGAUGAUUCUUCAUGCGCUACUACUGUUUCAUCUCAGUUGAAUUUAUCAGAUAUUUUGUCAUAUGCGCAUCGGAUAAGCUACACAACAUUUGCACCACCAGAAUUUGGGGCUGGACAAGCUCCUCUUCGCGGAUCACUCCCACCUGCCCCGCAGGAGGAGCACAUGCGUGCUUCUCAGCUAUACAAUUUUGCAAACCUGGAUGUUGGUUUGCCCAAGACUGUAGACAGCACGGAGAAAACAAUUGAAGCAAUCAUAGAGCCCCCACCUCCUGCUCCAACAGAAGCCAAUCAAGCUCCAAACUUUGGUGCACUUCAAGGUCGGCUUCCUCCAAAUAUCACAAUUCCGUCUGGUUGGAAACCUGGGAUGCCUGUGGAGUUGCCUACCGAUUUUCCUAUGCCCCCACCUGGAUGGAAGCCUGGGGACCCAGUGCCUUUGCCCCCAGUGGGAUCUCUUCCAGUUCCUAAGGUCGAGGAUCAACAUUUACGGCCUAAACCUCAAGCAAUGCAUAAACCGCAAGAGCCAAUACAAGUUAUGCAUGUUGAACUGGAUAUUCCUGAUCAAGAUGAUAGUAGCGAUUAUAGUAGUGAUGAAGGAAGCUUUGAAGAUGAUGAUUAGCAGACUGUCCUUUUGUUCUGACUUCCGAAUGCAUAUGUGACUGCCGUUUUAGUAUUCCAUUUACGUUUCCCUUGAAUCUCAAUUUUGGUAUUUCAUGUACAUUGACUACAUUCAAAGUCCACUUAUUUUGAAUAUCAAUAGGUGCACUUGGUCCUUCC